UCAACGAUUUGCAAAGAUGGCGGAACUCGUGCGUUCUGAACAGGAACAAGAAGUGAGUUAAUCUUAUGCAGGCCAAUACCCUGUAAUCCCUUCUUAUUAUUUCAUUCUAAAACAUAAUGUCUUGUUUUUUUCGUCGUCUAUCUCAGGCAAUCGCCAUUUUCUUGCGAGAAGUUAACAAAGAUCGUUCCGAAAAUGGAUUGAGUCCCGUAGGAACUUCCACAGCCUUGUUGUUUCUCACGGCCCGAAAAUUUGACACUGAAAGAGCGGUUAACUUGUAUCGACAGUACCAGGUGAGGUUGAAAAAAAAAGCUGCGACGUGAUAUUAUUUUAUUUAGUUUAACAAAGUGGGUUUUCCCGCCUUGGAACUUAAAAACGCGCAUCGAAGCAUCAAUGUAAGUCUUAUGUUGUUUGCUGCAAAGAGUUUUUGACAACCGUCGUAAAUCCUGCCCAAUUGAUCUAUUCAGUUCUGUAGUCUCUGUUGCAUUUAGUUUUAAUUUACUUAGCACAGCUAUAGAUGUAACAGCGAAUUUUAACCACGAGUUUAGGCUGAAUUCACCCGUGGAAAUCAUGGAAAAAAAGAACAAAAUUUUAAUUUUAAUAAUUUUUUCCUGGGUACGACCUGUGAAAUCACUAACCUUAUUCUAGCGACUUCGAAAUGCUUUGAUCAAUGCUCUUAAAGCUCUGAUAAUCGCCUUUUCUUAUACUGGACUAGUACGAAUUUAGAAAAGGAAAGAAAAACAAAGUAUUUCUCAGCUGUUAUUUUUAUUGAGUAUUCUUUAUGGUCAAAUAUGUGUGUCAUGGAGAAAAGAAGUGUGAAAUCACAAAAGUUUGAUGUUAUGAAUCUUUCGGAUUGGUUGAAAUACUCAGAAAGGGCAAGAUGAAAAUGUCUGCUUGCCAAAAAUCAGAGUCUUUGUGGAAACUGGUGUUGAGAUAUUGGCACUGCUAUGCUCUUCUGAACCUGUACAAAUCCCACUACCAAUGGCUUGGAUCAUAGCAUUCAUGAUCCUUGUCAAAUUUAGGAGGAUUUGUAUGGAGCCCUCAGAGCAAAACAUUGUUUAUACAUCACUUUCAAAGUCCACUAAGUCUCUGAUUUUUAAAUGAUAGCUCAACAACAUUGAUUGUCCUGCUCCCAAUGUAUGGUUCUUCAAAAUGUAGAGGAUAGAGCACUGCAGCACCAAUGCAGAGGCCAUGGAUUCAAAUCCCAUUGAAGCCGGGGGGGGGGGGAAGGGUACUCCCAUACAUUAUCUAUACGGGUAUGUGCCGCCCAAUGGGGUUGUGAUUUUGAAGCUCCUGAUAUAGAACGGGGUAUCCAUUUAAGAGGCAUUUUCUAGAACGGGGUGUAAUAUUUCAAACGCACGAAAGCUCCAGUUUUGUAAGCAGUCGUUUGAAAUUAUUUAAGGACCGAUUGCUUAUAAAAAUACGGUUCAAUGCGUUAACAAGCAAACUGUUGUACUCUUGUUGCACCCUGUGUUUUAGCAUGCAGGGAGGGGGUAUUUUGGUGCGAGCCGCAAGCACUGACUCGGCCAUCUUGGAUAAUUAGGCGCGCACUAGUCUGGAACAAGUCCAUAAUGUACCCAAGGGAGAUGGAGACGGGCUCAAAAAAAAGGGACGGGGGAGGAGAAGGAAAAUUAUUAGCUUACGAGCAUAGUUCUGUGCAUGGUGAGAGAUUUUGCGUCAUAAUUAACAGCAUUGUGUCCACAUGUACAGGAAACGUACUCUGGAUGAUUAUGAAGAAGCGUUUAUUUCAUGUAUAGGUCAAACAAAUAAAGAAAUCUUUUUUUAAAAACAGGGCUAUUUCAAUUUAUAAACUUUCUAGAAUGGAGUAUAAAAAAUUGGCCCAUUUCUAGAAAGGGGUAUCAGUUUUAGGGUGAAUUCUAGAACGGGGUAUAAAAUAUUGGCCCAUUUUUCUAGAAUGGGGUAUCAAAUUUGGAGUCCCUGGCAGCACAUACCCACCCAAAAAAUACCCAAGUGCCCCCCCCUCCGGGCAUUGAAGCCCUGAAAUUUCUUUGGGCUUAGGGGGACACAGUCAGGCUUGGGACCAUGCUGACCUGGAUAUUAGGCUAACUACUUUUGAAAAGCAUUUAAGAGGACCUUAAAUCAAAGGUACAUGUAAAAUUCCACUUUAAUUUUGCCUAGUGUUUCAUUGAAACUUUGAUCUUUUACUGAAAAUCGUUUCUUCUUUUACUCAUCCUAUAGUAUUAUUUUAUCACAUUUUGCCACUUGUACAUCUCCAAAAAUGCAACUUUUUUGUCCCCCAAAAUUUUGUAUAAGUAAUGUUUCCAUUUUCUCUUGGGAAGGCUGUAAUACUCAAGAGAAAUGAAAAACAAAGGUUAUGCAAAGUUUGGAGGGACAAAUAAGGUGUAUUAUGGGGGAUGUGCAAAAGGCAAAUUUGGUUUAUAGAAACAGUAUGGAUGGCAUAUCUUGUGAUAUGCAGAUCAGCUAAGAAAUGGUUUCUAAUAUCCAUGUGCAUCAGCUGACUGUGUCCCUUUUAAUUUGUCAU